AUAGAUCAACGAAUUUUGACGGGUUCCAGCAACAGUCACAGCAACUUGAACAGUAACCCAUUUACUGGCAACCGACAGACGAUCAUCACUGGAUCCGAUAGCUUUGGUGGAUCCUUUAGCAGCGCGCCUGUUUCGAGUUCUUCAUCUUGCGGCACUUCUUUCGGCUCUUCUGGUUCCUCGUUUAGCCCAGCUGGAUCUUCUUUCACUAGCAGCAGCUCAAGCUUUGGUGAUGACCCUUGCGCCAACUUCCAAUGCGGAUCAAACGCUAACUGCCUCCUUCGAAGCUUCCGGACUGUUUGCGCUUGCCGUGCUGGUUACGAGGGUGACCCUUACGCUGGAUGUCGUCGCUCAGAGUGUGUCGAAAACUACGAGUGCUCCACCGACAAGGUCUGCCACAACAACCGCUGUAUCAAUCCAUGUUCGACGUCGUGCGGUGUCGAUUCUGAAUGUACCGUUCGCAAUCACGUUACUGUCUGCCAAUGCCCCAAAGGAUUCAUCGGCGAUCCAUUCGUGUCCUGUACUCCAGCUUCCAGUUCCAGCCUGGCCAGGCGUCAAACUGGUGGAGAUUACUGUACCCCUACUCCGUGCGGAGCCAACUCCAGGUGUCGCGUCGAGAACAAUCGUGCUGUCUGCUCUUGCUUGGAUGGAUUUAUGGGCAAUCCCGUUGAGGGCUGCCAUCGUGAAUGCGAAACUGAUUCCCAAUGCGAGGCCAACCAGGCUUGCCUAGGCUUCCGUUGCAACGAUCCAUGUGGAAUUUGCGGAACUGAAGCCGACUGCAACGUUCGGAACCAACGCGCAAUCUGUAGUUGCCCGGACCACUUGUUGGGUGAUCCGUACAGCGGAUGCUACCCCGAGUGCACGCAUCACGAGGAAUGUCGUCCUCGCCAAGCUUGCUUCAAUCUCAAGUGUGUCGACCCGUGCCAAGCAGCUUGCGGCGACCGAGCCGAAUGCCGUGUCGAGAACCACAGGGCCAUUUGCUCUUGCCCCAAGGGCCACACUGGACAUCCAUUCACUGCUUGCCUACCAUUCGACAGGAGUAAGAAUGUCGUAUGCAAUCUUGAGGGUCUCAUCUAGACCAUAUCUCUUUUUCUCUGGUCAA